GGGGCAGCCCCGGCCGCUCCCAGCAGUCACAGCGCGGGGGCCUCGGAGCACGGCGCAGCCAUGCCCAAGUCGCGGCGGGACCGCAAAGUGUCCCUGACGCGGACGCCCCGCAAGGGGCUGGAAGCCAAGCAGGCGCUGAUCGCCGAGCUGCGGCGCUGUGUGGACACCUACAAGUACAUCUUCGUCUUCUCCGUGGCCAACAUGAGGAACAGCAAGCUGAAGGAUGUGCGGAACGCCUGGAAGCACAGCAGGAUCUUCUUCGGGAAGAACAAGGUGAUGAUGGUGGCGCUGGGCCGGGAGCCGAGCAGCGAGUACAAGGAGAACUUGCACAAGGUCAGCAAACACCUGCGAGGGGAGGUCGGGCUGCUCUUCACCAACCGCACCAGGGACGAGGUGGAUGAGUGGUUCUCCAAAUUCCGGGAGCUGGACUUUGCCCGUGCUGGGAACAGAGCGCCCUACGGGGUCAGCCUGGACACGGGGCCCCUGGAGCAGUUCCCCCACUCCAUGGAGCCGCAGCUGCGGCAGCUGGGGCUGCCCACGGCGCUGAAAAAAGGAGUGGUGACGCUGCUUUCGGAUUAUGAAGUGUGCAAGGAAGGGGAUGUUCUCACCCCGGAACAGGCCCGUGUUCUGAAACUCUUUGGCUACGAGAUGGCAGAAUUUAAAGUCACCAUGAAGUUUCUGUGGAAUUCUGAGACGGGAGACUUUCAAAAGCUCAUGGGAGAUGAAGCAGAGGAGGAGGAAGAGGAGGAUGAUGACAAUGGCAGCAAUGAGGACUAACAGUUUGGACACCACACAGUUCUAUUUUAAGGACAAAAGGAGGAGGAUAUUUCCCUUCCCCAGGUGCACCUGGACUGGGAUGAUCUUUACAGAAAAUGACCUAACUAUGCUUUUUUUUUAUAUUUAUAUAAAUAUCUAUGUAAAACUUCA